AUGGGCCUGUUUGAGAAGAGCAGCAAGCGGGCCAACUCGGACGACAGCGACCCGGACCUCGACGGCGACGACCGCGCCAAGCCGCUCAAGGAGUCCGAGGACGGCUACCUCGACCUCGACUUUGGCACAGCGGCGCCACCACCGCCCAGCUACGGCGAUGCCCUUGCCUCGUCUUCACAGGCCGCCUCUGUGCGCGUCAAGCUCAGCGACCUCGUCACCCCGACCGAGGCGCGGCGUCGGCCCAACCUGCUCUCGCAGUACGUCGUUCAGCGUCACAAGUACGCCGCCAAGUCGCGCAGCGCCGCCGCCGGCGAUGACGCCAACGACAGCGACGACGAAGAGGGCGGACGUGGCAUCCUGGGAAAGGGUGCGGGCAAGCUGAGCGCCCUGACCGGCAACGUCUUCAAGGGAAAGGCAAAGGCAAAGGCCGAAACGUCGUCGCAGGCCGCCGCCGCCGACUCGGGCAAGCGGGGCAUCCAGCUGAUCGCCGACACUCGGCGUAUCUACUCGCCUGGGGACACCGUCCAAGCCACCAUCCGCGUCCCAUCGGACCGCGUGUCCGAGCAGCCCUUCGACAGCCUCACGUGCGAGCUCAAGGGAGACAUCCGCACCUACGGCAUCUUCUACGAUGGCCAGGGCAACCAGUACAUCUCCCACGCUACCCAUCCCAUCUUCAAGCACGUCGAAUCGCUGCUCGAGGAUGGCAUCAUCCACGGCGCUGCCCAGGACGGCGAUGGCAGGGACGCGCUCGGCGACGACAGGAAGCUGGCCGCGCCUGGCGCAACGACGUCCGCAGCGGGCCGCUUUGGCAGUUUGACCUCCUCGUCCAGCCGUGUGCAGAUCGUGUCGCCUCCCGACGACGACUUUGUCGAGUGGCGCUUCAUCUCGACGCUGCCCUCGACAUUCGUCGACAAAGACCACAUGACCAAGCCGCUGCCCAGCACUUUCCACGGCCGCGGGGACUCGAGCAGCAGCAACUGGUGCCUGUACUGCUUCAAGCUCGUCGGCCGUCGCCGCGGGGUCCUGAAGCGCGCCGAGAGGGUGUGGCUGCCGAUCCUCGUCGUCAAUCGCAGCGUAGCUCUGCCCGUGCCUCGACUGAGCCUGCCGACCGCGCCGGGGCAGAUCCCAAGAGAAUGGACCGUCUUCCGCACGGGCGCCACGCAGCGCAAGAAUCUCGUACAGGAGAGGGCCAUCCUGCUCAUCGACUGCAUCCUGCCGCCCGUCGAUACGGUCGCGUGCAAUGGCGAGAUCCCGGUGGCGAUCCGGGCCACGGCCAUCUCCAAGGAUAGCUCUUGCAUCGACCCUAGGCUCGGGUCGUCGGGCGACUCGGUCCUGCCGGAUCUCAGGCAGGCGGUGCGGCUGGCGCUCCGUCGCACGGAUGAGUCGAGCGCCAAAGGAGCCAGCCACACCGACACGGCAGAGUACGGCGUGACGGUACGCUGGUCCGAGGCGACCGUGCCGUGGACGCUGCCCGAACCUUUCGAUCCCGAGCGUUGCUUCAGUGGCGCCGCAGGCCAGGAUGACGACGGCGGCCAGGGAAGCGCGAGCGGCGCCGCGCCGAGGCCGAUCGCAACAUCGUCGCAGACGCGGCGGUUCUUUCCCAAGUCUGUGCCAAAGCUCCCGCCGGCCGGUGCGGGCUACCUGGUCUCGACGUCGACGUUGCACGGCGCGGUCCGCCUCGACGUGAGCCCGGGCGUCCGGCUGGCGCACCUUCAGGUCGGGUACGAGCUGCUGCUGCGCUGCCGGCUCGAGUGGAAGCACAUCAAGGAGAACCUUAGGCCGCUCGAUGUGCGGUCCCCCAUCUCUGACGCCGAGACCGGCGCAGGUGCGCUGGAGGUGGCGGUGGCGGUGCUGGGCGAAGAAGGGGCGCAAAAGCUGCUGCGUAUGUAG